AUGUGGAGAAUAGAGAAGAGUUUUAAGAAGAACGAAACAAUCGGAGAAUUAAAACUUGCCACAAGGACGAUGGUUCCGACUACGCUACCCAGUGACAGCAUGCGCCAUUCUCUUAAACGACUCUCUCGCGAAAUGCGGGAGGAGAAAUUUGGGUUUCUGUUCACUUUUGUCGCCUCCGUUUUCUACUUUCAACACAAAGUGAAAGUGAACAAGCCGCUGAUUCCUGGAAAAGGAGCAACUUCUUCAAGCAAACCGUUGCGGAAGAGAGACGAAGACGCGGCUCUCGUCUCUCUCUCUCUCCCGUCGCCUCUGGCUGACCCAGGACUUGAACAAACGCAGCUGUGGCGCGGCCGUCGCACGGCCCCAGGCCGCUAGAAGUCUUCAACUGCAAGUGGAAGGCAUGCACACUGGUACAAAACAAGCUGCAAAAGGCGAGGGGAGACGGAAUAAAAAAAGUCC